AUGUCCGGCUUCCAGUACCAAAAGUGGACGGUCUCUGAGCCGUAUGUCGAUGUACCAGGAACCUUAUUGGAAGGACCGUUUCACGACAAGACCAGAAAUGAGUUUCGCUUUGUCGAUAUCUGGGAGCAGAAACUAUACGUUCUGGACCUGGCCAAAGGCCCCGACUCCCUGAAGAUCAUGGACACAUCUGCGUCAAUCGGAGUAACCGCCAACAUUGCGAAUGCUGGGGAUUCACGCGAAAAUCAGAUCGUCGUAGCCGCAAAACAUGGAUUCGCCCUGGUUGACCGCACCACGGGCGCACUGUCCUAUAUUCAGAAAGUGUGGGACGAUCCGGCCAAGGAGCAUAGAAUGCGUUUCAACGAUGGGGCCGUCGACAGCCACGGCCGCUUCUGGGCUGGAGCCAUGAACGAUCCUAAGGUGCAGAACCCAGUCAACGAAGGUGUGAUAUUCAGGUUAGACCCGGACAUGAAACUGCACCGCAUGGUUGAACAGGUGACGAUUCCCAACGGGAUUGGCUGGAAUCCUGCGGAUGACACUAUGUACCUGACCGACUCUCCCACCGGCAAGAUUUACGCCUUUGAUUUCGAUGCUGAGACCGGAAACAUCAGCAACCGAAGGGUGUUCUUUGACAUUGGGGAGCCAAAGGAGCCAGAUGGAUUUGCCAUCGAUGAGGAGGGGUGUAUAUGGAGUGCUAUUUACGGUGGUGGAAAGGUGAUUCGUAUCUCGCCGGAGGGCAAGGUCAUUGGCGAGAUAACUUUUCCCACGCGAAACAUUACCUGUCCAGUUUUUGUGGGAACGGAGCUCUUCAUCACGACUGCCAAGGAUGAUACCAAUGAUGACCAGCUUCCGGAAUCCGUCCGGUAUGGAGGCCGGCUCUAUAGAGUCGAUGUCGGCAUCAAGGGUAAGCCUAAGAACGAGUUUCGACUUGAAGGCUGCCCACAAUAG